AUGAUCGACGACCAGAGGACUUUAGUGGUACGAUUUCAUCGAACCAUUUCCACUGUCUGCACGUUUACUGUCCGCGCCCCUAACUCACAUAUUGGGCACCUGCACCUUCGCAUCGACCCGCACUUACCACCACUACCGGACACGAUGAUUACCAGUACCACCAGUACCACCACAACCAUCGGACACGACGGACACCGACAUCACCACAACCAACUCCAUCUGAAUAUCAGACCAUCCUCGACGCCUCCCACUCGCUCCUCGCCGACUCUCCCAACCUUUCCGUACAUGUCACCGUUCCAAGCUUUCAACACUCAGUUUCGCACAUAA